CUGCAAUUCAACAAUUUGUGAACAAGUUGUGAGUGACAACCUUGUAGCAACUUGAUAACAGAACUGUUACAACUUGUUGACAAGCUUGCUACAAGCCUGUUGCGAACACAUCUUGUUGACAAGUUGUGAUAUUUUUACGUGUGUAAAUAGAAAGGAAGUCUCAACCAGUGAUGUCCAAGAUUGUAUUUAAUAAUUCCCAACAGAUCUAGAAACAAAAUGUAUUAUUUUUUUCAGCGCCAUUACGAUGCUAUAUUUGUGUAACUGACUACGAAGAUAGUACACAAGAUCCCGGAUGUUCCAUCUCUAAUCCUAAUGUUUUAAUCCGCGCAUGUGCUGUACAACAUGGCUUUGACCGCUGUAUUUCCUAUCGAGCCCGCAAUACAAGGACGGGUAACGUAGUAUUUCGACGACAUUGCGCAACUCGGGAAAUGUGCGAAUAUCAAUGUUUGUUUUCUCAUCAUACGAACUGUGAAAAAGCGUGUUGCCAUGGAGACCUAUGUAAUGAAGUCAGUUUUGGUGGAUAUAAAGGAACUACAGGAAAACCAGCACUAUCAAGCACCAAGAAAUACACUCAGAAUCCUACAACACCCCCUAGGAGUGAUUCUACUAAGGGCUCUCAAUCCACACGUAACCCUACAGUAACCCAGACGACCACAGAUGCUCCAGUUACCACUCACAAAGUCUCCACCGCUGAAGGGGGACCUUUAGUGGGAGGACCUCCCAGUAAGCUAUCGUAAAUCAACCGCCGGGAGCAUAUUUAGUUCUGGCAUGUUGGGGGGGGGGGGAGGAGCUUACUUGAGAGAUGGUGUUUGCCCCAGUGGGGUAUACUUUCGCUUUAGCAAAUCAACACAUAUAAUAGAAAUGGCAGGUGAUGAGAAGCUUAGCUACCAAAAGUAUGUCACGUCUCCAUCAACUUUAGGACUUAUUGCAAACAAAGUGAACUAACUCUCUCCAACAAGGCUACCACACGUAUCGUCAACAUAUUUUCUGUUCAUAGUAACAUUUAUUUUCUGUUCACAGCAAGACCUGGUUGUCAAGACUACAGAGAACAAUGCGCGGAAUAUGCAGCCUACCCGGGUUACUGUCAGUACACUAGAGCCUUUAUGUUAUCCAACUGUCCAUGGAGUUGUCGAUUUUGUGGUAUGUUGCUUGUGUGGUGGGGGGGGGGGGGGGGGGCGCAAGGCAUAAUUAUGGGGAUGUUGAUGGUGUACAUUGCGUGCUAUCUUCACGUACGAAAAUAUCUCUCUUUAAACUUCACCCUUAUCACAGCCCUAAUUCUAUUGUGCGGGAAACAUGAUAAUAUAACCGUACAAUGCUCAGUGCAUGUGGCUUCCGGAAACAUGAAGUUGUCCGACAAUAGUUGUCCGUCGUUUUUAUUCAACUCAACAGUCAACACUACAGAUUUUCUCCAGUUUCUUCCUGAAGAACUAACACCGCACCAAUAAGGAGGGACGGUCCUUACUAUCCUGUAUAAAUCAGUUAGGUUUCCUCCUGUAGGAACACUGAAUCAAUGAGGGAUUCAUCUUACAGCAUUAUAGACGGGGAGAUAGUUAAAUAUCCUGCAUAAAUUGUUCGCUUUCCUGUGUUUGAUUCCAAGUUAACUGCACGUGUUUUUAACGACAGUUGAUGGUACAACAAAAGCGAGCACUAAAAGUCCACUACGUACCACCACCACGAGUCCCACCACUCAAGGUGUCAGAACGACGAGCAAUGCCGGGAACGGAGGAGUUGGUGGCCCUACAGGUUAGUACAGAAAUCCUUCGCGAGAAUCAAUACAAUCAACACAAUGACACAAUCAAACGACAUCUUUUGCCCACACGGAUCCAACUGGUCAUACAAUACAAUGCAAUGCAAUGCAAUGCAAUGCAUGGUAAUUGGUCGUGCUAUUGUGUGUGAUUAUUAUGGAGCAAUAAAUUGUCUUGUCCUGCCCUGUACUGUCCUGUCCUGUCCUGUCUAUGUUAAUCAACCUGCAUCCAAAUUGGUUAAAGACAAUACAUUUCUAAAGGUUUGAAUAAUACAAAUCAUUAAGAAUUUGCAUAGCAUCACCUGUUGUAAUGGCUGGGAUCAUUCAGCCGUGCAGUGGCGAAGCUACCCCCUGGUUGAAUAUCGGUGCAAUAUUAGCCGGCUGGUUACCCGGGAUGAUUCGUUUAAUAAAGCUCUUAUCACGGCUUUGAUAAACAUCCAAAACGACAUUUCAAAAACUCAUUAAUAAUUCAUGAGGAAAACCGACAAAGAAAAAUCAUAAGCGUGUCUCGUAUCUUUAUAUGCGAUAGAGAUUUCCCUUGAUUGGACCAGAUUGGAAAAAAAGUUGUAACUUUAUCUGUUUAUCCUCAAUAAAUAAAGUGUUAUUAUUAUUAUUAUUUAUAUAAACUUUAACUUUGAUUUUCUCGACUUACACAACGUAUUUUUUGAAAAUUACUUCGCCAAUGAACUUACUAGAUCGAUCGUUUUUGAAGCAAUUUAAAACAUUCGCAGUGCGUGUUUUAUCAGACCUAAAGAUACUCGGCUUCGCCUCGUAUCUUUACAUCUGAUAAAACACUGCUGCUCAUGUUUUAAAUAGUAUUUCAAAGUUGAAUUAACUCAGUUUGAUUCCAGUAACAAUAUAAAGUUCAUUCAAACAAUCUUUUAUGGACAGGAAACCAUUUUCGUGACACGAUUCAUCGCGGCCAGCCUGGCUCAUGUGAACAGCGCGUUAGCUACGGGUAGAUAUACUGGCUAACUACGGCAGCUACCGUGCUAAUAAAUAAAUAAAUAAAUAAAUAAAUAAAUAAAUGAUAUUUCUUAAACCAGGUUGCGUGGACGCUCGUGUACGAUGUGUUUAUUUCGCAAAUGUUGAUGGAUAUUGUGGGUAUCAUCGUGGCUUCAUGUUAACCUAUUGUCCUAGAUCUUGUAAUUUUUGUGGUAAGAAUAAGAAAUGAUAGUUGGAGGAACUCUGUUUGCACCAGUGGCAUAGGAACUGCGGGAAGGGCGGGGGUAUGGGGUACAUGCUCCCAUAAUUAUCCUCUAAGUGCCUCUUCUCCAGAGAAAACAACGGCAAAAGUGUCGUUUUCUAAUGGAAAAGACACACAGUGACCUUUGAAUUUUAAUUGCUUCCUCCUCUCUUGGGAUGGUUGUAUAAAAAUGUUUGUUACCAAUCAAAAUCUCACAAACAAAGGAUCACUUCAAAGACUAUUUUAUUCUAUUUGAAUAUAGAUCAAGUACAGUUGCCUGAAUCACCGGUUAAAAUCACAGACAAGCCAACUACGAGUAAGUUCAUGUGUAGUACAAAACAACAAAUGGAGGUGCAAAGAUAGACAUUUAUUUUAUUUCUUUAUGCAAUUCAAGGUGAACCAGAAAUAAACGUCGACGAUCUAUUUCGACCAAAGCCAACUCCGUUUGGACCUGGAGGGGAAGGUAGGGAUAUAUAUGGACAGAUGUCAAAUACCGUCCAGAGAUCCUGUUUUACACUGCUGAGUUAAACAUGGUUAGAUCAUGCAGAAGUAGUACAUGUUCUUGAAUGUGAGCUACCCUAAUGUGACCUGAUGUUGUACAGAACUGCAAUGCUGAGUUAAGUAUGGUUAGAUCAUACACAGGUAGUACAUGUUCUUGAAUGUGAGCUACCAUAAAGUCAUCUCAUGUUGUACAGAACUCACUGCUGAGUAUGGUUACAGUAGCUUACAUGCAACAGCAAACCAUGGCUACUCUACUGUUCGUUCAAAUAAUUCUAAGAAAAAUCUUUUAUAGAAUAUGAGAUUCAUUUAAACAAUGGAUGUAUCGACUUGAGAGAAAACUGCACAUUUUACGCCAAAACAUAUGACGAAUACUGUGACUACAACAAAGAAUUUAUGAAGAUAUACUGUCCUUUCUCGUGUGGAUUCUGUGGUAUGGGAUUAUAGAAAUAUAUAUAGGCUUUAAUUACAGUUAGUGUUCCUGCAUUGACGGUGUCAGGUGGAAAAAGUUCCACACUCUGAUAUGCAACGACCAAGUACUCAUAUGAGUCGCCAUUGUAAUGAUUGUAUUAGGCUUCCGUUGCGCAUGCAACUGCCGAAGAAAUGCUAGAAUGAUGAUCUCUUUCAUGUGGGUAAAUAUUCUACAUUAUUAAAUUUCUUCAGGAACGAGUGUAUCAAGCGAAGCGUUUCCUCAUCCUCCAGUCAUUCACCAACAUCGAGUGUCAGGUAGUUUGUAUUCCUAACUUCAAGUAGACUGGAUAAAGUUCUAAACUCUUCUCUCUACCAGUAAGAGCCAUUUCUUGUUGUUGUAGUCUUACUAUAGAAGUAAACCUUAACUUAACUAAUUUUAUAUAUACUUAGACAACUAGAAAAUUAAACUGUAUACGACAGAAAUAAAAGUUUCCUCGCUGAAGGAAAAUACAUAAUCAUGAACUAAUCACUGUUUGCUCUUCCCCUUUCACUUUUCCACCAUUCAAAGCAUUAUGGGAGCAUUUUAAAAACAUCUUUCAUGCUUUCUUUAUGUAGAUGAAGAAUUUCCCGCUCCCCCAAGCAAGAAAGGUAGUUAUGCUUUGUGUAACAAUAUAUCUUUCACUUGUCAUAUUUCACCUACUUAUUUUAUUUUCUAGAUGUUAAAUGGAUAACUUCAUUUUGUAGCGAGGUAUGGAAACUACAGUUCUAGAAAUAGUCAAGAAAACUCUGAGCUCCAUAUUCAUGACCAAAACAAAACAUUCUCGGAGUAUUUUGUACAUUGAAGAUUUGAAGCCCUGAGUUAUCAACUACACGAAGUACUUAGGGUGAUAUUUUAAUUUCAUUUCAAUACGUUUGCACGGAGUAUGUUUUGUUUCAUAUUUCCGAACGUUUUUAGCUAGAGAACAACGGGUUGCGCUGUGCAGUAUAUCUUUGAGAUCAAUGAUCCUGAGUAUUUCUAUUUUUAGUGUCAUAAUGGCUUACAAGAAUGCAUCCCUAAAUGUAUCCUGCUUCUGAAUGAUGGCAUUUACGAACCUACAAGCAAUGACGUGUGUUUGCAGUUAUUAGGAAAAGCUAACGAGAUAGUGCCAUGUUAGACACCAGUCUCUUUGCGAACGUUUCAACGUUACGAUAAGGAAGACUACUAAAUAUACAGCAUGGGUACCAAUAUUGAAGCUAGGAUUUUAAAAAUAUUUUUAAUGUUAGGCACUUAUUCAACAAAGAGUUGCUUGUGUUUACGAAUUAUUUCAAACACUCGCAUUUGAUGUACUUUUCCUGAGCAUAUUCAAUAAAGAUGACAGUUAACAAACUGAAUAAUUUCUUGGAAAACUGAUCAAAGUCCUUCACGAUCAAACCAAGAACGUACAGUUACACUUUGUCUUUUUAUCUUUCAACAAGGAGCGGUUGUUCGAAUGCCUAGGUUAGCUUCAUCCUCAAAAAACGUCAAAGAAAUAUUUCCAACAGCUUGUUUUUAAACAUGGAAAUAGUUUUCCAGAAAUCAUGUCUUGAUCAAUACAAGAUUUAUUUUUCAGUUUUGAAAUAAAUAGAAGCAUAAUUAAUAGAAUAGAUGGUUUGGAAACUCAUUAGAAUAACAAUUAAUAGAAUAGAUGGUUUGGAAACUCAUUACAAUAACAAUAUAACUCAUUAUCUAUGUUAGUCAACGUUUAUUCAUAAAUUUGGUCGUUCACCGUCACGUGCGUAUUGUAUUUUUGCCCAACUAACCAACAGCAAUGUUUUAGGAAAGUUACCUAUCUGUGACUCGAACAAUAGGGUAAAUUGGAAAUUGCUAUUGGUGGAUUCGGCAAAAAUACAAUACACACGUGACGGUGAAGGACCAUAUUUAUGAAUAAACGUUGACUAACAUAGCCUGUGUCCCAGUCCACUACACAGGCUAUGACUAACAUAGAUAAUGAGUUAUAUUGUUAUUCUAAUGAGUUUCGAAACCAUCUGUUCUAUUAACUAUGAUAGAAGUGAACAAACCAAAACAGGAUGUUAAAUUUUAACCCAGGGUCAGCUUUGAACAACCGUCCCCUGACCAGAAAGCAAAUAAACUUCUCAAGCGUAUUCUCAAGCGAGUUCUUUUAGACAACAGUUUCAGAUGAGUUUAUUUAACCACUCGUGAACAUCUUUCAAAUCAGUCUCAGCUUCCCCCUUUGCACUACAUUCAAUAAUUUCAACUUUGAUCGCACGUAAAUCAGCAAAAUCAAAAUCCUUUCCUUUCUGGCCAACAAAAACUUCGUCACGACUCAUGGACUGUUCAUCUAAACCUUUGACAGCAGCAGCCCGAGUCUUGCGUAACGUAUUG